AAGCCAUUAAAAACACAACAGGGCUGCUCUUCUAAACACAAACACGUUUACUAGCAAACAAACAAACAAACAAACAAACGGUUAGAAGUCGACACCGGAAAUUAUUAUUAUUUUUUUUUUUAAUUCGUUGCGACUCGUUGAUUUGCUUUUUUGUGCAUUUUAACUACCUGUAAACAUAUUCCCGUCUGUACAUUAGAGACACGGUGUGAUGGUGGAGGACAGCGAGCUCCAGGACAUUCAGUACUUCCUCACAGCGACCGGACGAUCCUGCUGCGCGUGCACCAAAAUAGUUAUUACACUGUUUCAGUUCAUAUUAUUAUUUUAUUUUAUUUAAACAAUCAUGGCUGCCGCUUUGCUUGGAAGAGGAACAGGAUUACGUUGUAUGAACAGGGAGUUGUGCCGAGUCGUGUGGAGGCCACAGACUGCACUGUUCAGCUCCAAACCACCAGACAGAAAACAACCACUGCGCAGGACCCACAUCAAGAAGGCCCAGAAGCAGCCGGCAUUGGAUGUCGCUAAACUUCUGGGGGAACUCUUCCACCAGCCUGGACUGGACACGGCGCCACCUGCUGCUCGGACUACCAAACCUCCCACCACCUUUUCCUCGAUGAACGUCUCCUCCUCAAACGAUCCUCCUUUGUCGAAGACCGAGCCGGCAGCGUCCAUCCCUCCGGCCGCUUCUAGUUUUAAACACAUCAAUGCUCGUAGUUUUUCCAGUGCGACUGUUCCUACAACCUCGGGUUCAACACCGGCAUCAUUAGCAUCCGGAGCAGCCGCAGUAGAAGUCUUAAUAGAAACCACAAUAGAGUCGCCAAUGGAGCAUACCCUAUCCCACCAAGUGGAGCAUACCCUAUCCCACCAAGUGGAGCAUACCCUAUCCCACCCAAUGGAGCAUACCCUAUCCCACCAAGUGGAGCAUACCCUAGCCCACCCAAUGGAGCAUACCCUAUCCCACCCAAUGGAGCAUACCCUAUCCCACCCAAUGGAGCAUACCCUAUCCCACCCAAUGGAGCAUACCCUAUCCCACCAAGUGGAGCAUACCCUAUCCCACCCAAUGGAGCAUACCCUAUCCCACCAAGUGGAACAUACCCUAUCCCACCCAAUGGAGCAUACCCUAUCCCACCCAGUGGAGCCUUCAGUAGAAGCUCCAGCUGAAGAAGUGCAAACCAAAAGCUUGGACGUUUCCUACAGUGCCAAAGUAGAACCUUUGAUAGAAACCACAAUAGAGUCGCUGGUAGAAGUCAGCCAUUUUACCGUGGGAACACUAGAAACCAGAGCUGCUGCUGCUGAGGGUCCAGUUGAGCCUCCGAUAGACGUAGCGACUCAAAAAGUAACAGACUUGGGUCCUGUUAACCUCUCGCACGCUGCCGAAGAAGAACCUUUGAUAGAAACCACAAUAGAACCAGCAGUAGAGGCCGGCGCUUCUCCGGUUUCUGAAGGUACAAUAGAGACUGCAAUAGAAACUGAAUCAGGCGACAACCUCUCGCACUCCGCCUCAAUCCAGAACGCAGAAGAAUCUGCACCCUUGACCUUGAAAAACGAACCCACAAAAGAAUCCACAAUGGAAUCGGUAAAUGCCGUAGCGGAGGAGGUAGCGAACAGGUCUGAAGAGAUGACCUUAGAGUCCAUAACGCUCCACGUGGACCAGGUUUUAGUGGCGUCCUUCGAAGCCGACAAGCUCCUCCGAAAGAUAACGGUUCUGGAUGAACAGGCGGAAAAACAGGUCCGGAAGCUGUUGGUCCAGACGGAGAUUGGAGCCAAGAGUGAAGACGAGCGUGAGAGUUUAACCGAAGUGCUCUCGAAAUGGGACUCUUUGUCGGAGGACCUUCAAGAGUUGGAAGGUGAAAGUGUCAAGCUUCUCUGUCUCACUCCUCCCAAGACUCCAGCCGAUCCAACAGGUGGAUCGGCUGGAGAGCGGACGGAGGAGACGGCCACCGGAACCGAAGCCGUGAUCCUGGAGUCCAGAACUCUAGCGGAAGUAGAAGCAGAAGUUGGAGGUCUUGAAACGAGGAACGCGCUCGAGGACGAAGCCGACGCGCCGGCAAAAGAGGAGAAGUUGGAAGUUGCGACCGCGAUAGACGACGAGGCGCUUUUUGAGGAGACGGCCGAGGCUGAAUUAUUAACGUUAGAUUCCAUCUCUGAAGCCGCCGUCGUCGUGCUGGAGGCCAUGAGCCUGGAGUCUGUGACUUUGGCCGAGGUCGAGGCCUCCUUGGGAACUCUGGAGAAGGAAUCUCUGAGCGAAACCAUGACUCUUUUGGAUAAAGCGGCCGAAAUCGUGGCCGGAGAGCAGAAGACGGAGGUGGAGGACGUAGUGCCGCCUGAAGAGGCGCCCGAGGCUCUAUUUCUGGCUGAAGAUCUGCAGAUGGACGCGCUGAUGGAGGAGCAGCUCUUUUCCAUUCCUACUCCUGUGAGCGCGGCAACGGGAGACCGGAUCGGUCGGGAAGCCGUGAGAGCGAAUACUUCGGCCGCAACGGUUGCCGCCGGGUCAGUCGACGUCGAUGCAGCACCUGACGUGACAGAUGAUCUGAAGGAGGAAGUGCUGGAGGAGGAGGAGGAGGAGGAGGAGGAGGAGGAGGAGGGACCACCGACUGAAGCCUCGGGGAAAGAAGAUGGACCAGAAGCACACGCGAAUUUAGAUCCGGUACAGAGACUCUUCCUGGAGAAGAUCAAAGAAUACAACAACAUGCGCAGGUUGAAUGGAGGACCGUUGGAGGCGGAGCCAGACUACGAAAAGUACCUAUCAGAGGAGACGGCAAAGCUCCGGAGACUUUAUGGAGGAGGAGACCUGAGCAGCUUCCCUCGGUUCACCUUCACAGAGCCACAAUUGGACCAGGACUCCAAAUGAUCCGUGACAUCUACCCCCUACCACACACACACACACACACCUACACACACUCUGUUUUCUUCCUUAACCCCUUCCCCCUCCAUUACCUCCUCGUUUCGCAUUUCACUCCAUCGGAGAACAGAAAGAGAGAAGAGGAAGCACGUGAAGUUUGUUUAGGUGAUUUGCCAUAAUGAACAUGUACUACAUGGCUGUUUGUUUUUAUUGUGCAAUAAUGAUAGUAGUGCAUUCAAUUAUGUUGUUCUCAGAUGUUGUGUGUUUUAUGUUAAAUGUAAUUAAAGCGUCACAGAGCAUCGAGGCCUGUGUGAACAGCAGGUGGAGCUGUCAGGUCAACCUUUUCUAUUUGACUCCAUUUAUCACCGUCUACCUCUCUAUGUCCUCACACUCUCCCUCUUUCUGCUCGUUCUUGCUCUUCCCUCUCUCUCUCUCUCUCUCUGCUGUGUGGUGACAGAGGCAGUCUUUGCCAAGUCAGAUCCCCCCCACAGUCACGACUCUGUGAUAAGAGAUGGCGUGAGUCACAACCACAGUCACAACCACACACACACAAAA